CUCUCUCACUCAACACACAUACGACAACAAACUCAUGGCGUCUCGGAGAGUCUUAUCAUCGCUUCUCCGUUCAUCAUCCGGCAGAUCCGCCGCCAAAUUCGGGAGCCGAAACCCUAGGCUCUCGUCUCCUUUCCCCGCUCGCUGCGCCGCUCCUUUCGGUAACCUCCUCGGACGCGUCGCCGAGUAUUCCACCUCUUCCCCAGCUCCGCCAUCGUCAUCUUCUGCUGCUCCAGCUAAGGAUGAGGCGGCGAAGAAGACGUACGAUUACGGCGGGAAAGGCGCGAUCGGGAAGGUAUGCCAGGUCAUCGGCGCUAUCGUCGAUGUGAGAUUCGAAGAUCAGGAAGGUCUGCCUCCGAUUAUGACGUCACUCGAGGUGCAGGAUCACCCGACGAGGCUGGUGCUUGAGGUGUCUCAUCAUUUGGGUCAGAAUGUUGUGAGGACUAUUGCUAUGGAUGGUACUGAGGGGCUUGUUCGUGGAAGGCGCGUGCUCAACACCGGCGCUCCGAUUACUGUUCCUGUUGGAAGAGCUACUCUUGGACGUAUUAUGAAUGUUCUUGGAGAGCCCAUUGACGAGAGAGGCGAGAUUAAGACCGAGCACUACCUACCUAUUCACAGAGAUGCUCCUGCUUUGGUUGAUCUGGCCACUGGGCAAGAGAUCCUCGCCACUGGUAUUAAGGUUGUUGAUCUGCUUGCUCCUUACCAAAGAGGAGGAAAGAUUGGGCUCUUUGGUGGUGCCGGUGUCGGGAAAACGGUGCUCAUUAUGGAACUGAUCAACAAUGUCGCCAAAGCUCAUGGUGGUUUCUCCGUGUUUGCUGGUGUGGGAGAACGAACCCGUGAAGGCAAUGACUUGUACAGAGAAAUGAUUGAGAGUGGUGUCAUCAAGCUAGGCGAGAAGCAGUCUGAGAGCAAAUGUGCUCUUGUGUACGGACAAAUGAACGAGCCCCCGGGUGCCCGUGCCCGUGUUGGACUUACUGGUUUGACUGUUGCUGAGUAUUUCCGUGAUGCCGAAGGCCAAGAUGUGUUGCUCUUCAUUGAUAACAUUUUCCGUUUCACUCAGGCCAACUCUGAAGUGUCUGCUUUGCUCGGACGUAUUCCAUCUGCUGUUGGUUACCAGCCAACUUUGGCUUCUGAUCUUGGUGCUCUUCAAGAGCGAAUCACAACCACCAAGAAAGGUUCCAUCACAUCAGUCCAAGCCAUCUAUGUCCCUGCUGACGAUCUGACAGAUCCUGCUCCAGCCACAACUUUCGCUCACUUGGAUGCCACAACUGUGCUCUCGAGACAGAUUUCUGAGCUUGGUAUCUAUCCUGCUGUGGAUCCUCUGGAUUCAACAUCCCGCAUGCUUUCCCCUCACAUUUUGGGUGAGGAGCACUACAACACGGCUCGUGGCGUGCAGAAAGUGCUACAGAACUACAAGAAUCUGCAAGAUAUUAUUGCCAUUCUUGGAAUGGAUGAGCUGAGUGAAGAUGACAAGCUUACCGUCGCUCGUGCCCGUAAGAUCCAGAGAUUCUUGAGUCAGCCAUUCCAUGUUGCUGAGAUCUUCACGGGUGCCCCAGGAAAAUACGUCGACCUGAAGGAAAACAUCAACAGUUUCCAGGGUUUGCUGGAUGGCAAGUACGAUGAUCUUCCUGAACAAUCAUUUUACAUGGUUGGUGGCAUCGACGAGGUGGUUGCCAAGGCAGAGAAGAUCUCCAAGGAGGCAGCAGCUUAAGGGGAUGCUUCAUACUUCUCCUUUUCUUGUUUUAUUGACAAUAACGAAAAAAAACAAAAGCUUUAGGCAGUGCUGCCAAAUGCAUUGCGAUUCCCAUCAUUUGUGAGUGUGAGAGCUGCGAGAGAUCAUGCUGAACAUAUUCACUCACUGUCACUCAAAUUUUUGGUUCUUUUUGCAUCCUUUACUUGUUGAAAUAAAAGUUUAAGACUUGCAGACUCUUAACUGCAAUGUAUUAUUAUUUCGAUUUAUUGAUCUCUUUCUCCUA